AUGAUGGAGGCAAUGGAUGAGAAAGAAGACGCCACUGCGGCGUCCAACGCCACUGAAGGAGAAGAACUCCCUCCAAAGGUGAGAGUUCACGAGAAUCUCCCUCUACAGGAAGCAAACAGCAACUGCAACCACACAGAAGAAAGCACAACGGAGGGAUCAGCUAAGGCUGCAGAAGUCCCUGCAGAACCACAGCAGAGUGAAGAACCUCAGUCUCCAGAGGUCGCCGUCACGCCACAGAAACCCAACGGUGGACCCGUAGUCAUUGAAGCCGGCAACAGAAACCUAGCCAGUGAGAAGCUGGAGAGGGUCCGCAAGUGGAGCAUCAGUAAAUACAAGUUUACCCGGCAGGCUCUGGCUGAGAAGCUGGGCAGAGGCUCCCGUACGGUGGACCUGGACCUGGAGCCGCGGCUGGAGCUGCUGAAGGAUGACCGGCAGCGCUACGACAACAUGACCAAGCUGGCUCAGACGCUGGCCAGUCAGUUUGCUUACUUCUCUCUCAUCGAGAAGGCUCUGGGGGAAACCUUCAACGAGCUUAGCUUCAAAUCCAAGAACCUCCAUGUGGAGUUUGGCAUGAACGCCGAGGCCCAGAAGUUUCUGUCCAAGAGCACCGACACUCUCACCUCGGCCAUCAACUCCUUCACCUCUGACAUGGACACGCUGGUGAACAAAACCAUCGAGGACACCAUGAUCAGCGCCAAACAAUACGAGGUUGCCAGGAUCGAGUACGAUGCGUACCGAGUGGACCUGGAGGAGCUGAACAUGGGCCCACGGGACGCCAACACCCUGCCUAAACUGGAACAGGCCCAGAAAACCUUCCAGGGCCAGAGGGAGCGGUACCAGAAGGUCCGAGACGAUCUGUCCGUCAAAGUCAAGCUGCUGGAGGAGAACAGGGUGAAAGUCCUCCACAACCAGCUAUGGCUGCUCCACAGCGCCGUCGCCGCCCACUGCAUGUCCUGCCACAGUUUUCUGGAGAAAAACAUGGAGCAGGCAGUGGAACACCUCAACAACUCUACUGAGGACGCCCCCUCCUGGCUGGAGGAGAGUUGACACUCUGUGGGAUCAGUUUAAGUGACUUUAAGAGGGGUGCAAAAGGCUCUGGUGGCUUAAUGCUCUGGACGCUGUUAGUUUGAAGAAAAGUAAUUUAUUUCUGGGUCAAUGGGACAUUUGGGUAAUUGUAAAAUUAAAAGUUCUUGAUUUUUGAAUUAUUUAAGAAUGUAUUUUGUGAAGAAAGCGGAGCGUUGUUGAAAACACGGCCCUCUUUGUUUCCUGGAUCCGUCUCGCUGCGUCGUUCACUGAUUCCACCUAAUCCUUUGUGAGGCACUAAGCUUUUCUUUGAACUUUAAAAAUCUGCUGCCGCUGCAGUCAGAAACUCACAAAAGGUCCCUGAAAAACACAGCUGGAAAACAAGUCGAGAGUGGAUUAGCGGAUCUGAAUCCUCAGCCGAUUAAAGCCCGCCCUUCUGUUUACGUUUCCCUUAUUGGAAAACUAAACAUUCACACAGAAUUAAUUUGCUACUUUUACCUC